AAUGUAGGCUAUUGGUUCAGGCACAGGCACACCACAUCUUCGAAAAGUGUUCUGCUGCUGCUGGAAAUUUCAUGUUGACAUGUUGUAAAAGUCUUUGCGUUGCAACUUAUUUUCUUUCUGUUCCUUCACCCUCUUAAUUCUUCCAUUAACUUUUCCUUCACCGUGUUAUUUUUGAUCGUUCCACUCCUUUCUUUUCGGAACAUUCGGGUGCGGCUUCGGAAAAGAGAGGACAUGUUGUGGAGUUAGGUGUCAAGCAAGCAAACAAAUUGGGAUGAUGCGUCAUACGCUGUGAUGUCAGGAAUGAGUGAAAGAAACGCCUCUUUCCUACUACCUCAUUUUGUCUUCAUUCUAAUUCUAGCUCCCGUCACUUAACUCAAACUUAGCUGGUUUUUGUCAACAGGUCCUCUCGUGACCAUUUGUAAUGGGUUGUGUUCCCAGCAAAAAAUCCUUACCAAAUAUCUAUGAGGUUGCAAAUGUUGAUGGAGAUGGAAAUAAGAUAUGUUUCGGCAGGUUGGAAGUAACCGAAACAGAAUUGAUACUUCAUCAAAAGCAUAAAGCUCCAACUGUUUGGCCACUGAAAAGUUUGCGUCGAUACGGCGCAGAUUCAGAGCUCUUUAGUUUUGAAUCUGGCCGAAGAGCUCCUACAGGGCAUGGUUUCUAUGCAUUUCGCUGUCACAGGGCAGAACAAUUACUCAGUUAUCUUCAAGCUCAAUUUGAAGAAAAUGCCCCUACUCCUGACCCCUUAGAGCCCACCCAACCAAGAAAUGCUGGUAAUCGCCAGCAACCUUUGGCGAAUGGACAUACAGACAGCAUCCACAGCAGUGGUCCUGUGAGUCCACCACCAAUAUCACCCCCUGCAUCAGGAGCUGAACCUAUAAUUAGUGUCCCAGAAACUCUAACCAAUGGAAAAGGUCCUUCAAGUACCGAAAAUAUUCCCCUUUCCCCAGAAGAACCAGAAGAUGAUAGUAACAACAAUCAGCCUCAUUCAAAUUAUGAAUUUGCAGUUGUGCAACUCCCUGAAAACAAUGAAAUAUCUCCACCAAUCCUUGCAUCUUCCACAACCUACAUGAAUCUGGGGAUUUCAAGAGACCAAGAGCAUAUAUCACACUGGAUGGAUCACAAUGGUGGAACAUGCAAUGGAGAAGCCCUUGACAGCAAUGGGGAAGGAUCACGGGACCACUUGUAUCAGAAUAUUGUUCCAGGUUAUGGAAAUGUUCCUCCCAAAGGAAUUUCAAUUAUUCAUCCACCCGUACGCGGAGUACAUAUGCCUUAUGUUCCUAAAGAAUCUACAAGCAUAAAUGACAGUAGACUGUCACGGGGAAACCAGAUUGAAAAGUGUCCAAUUGGACCAUCCAUUGAUGAAGUUUCCCCCCUUAACUCAAGUCUCUUAGAUGAUGUUGAUGAUUGCUCCACAGCUCCUCAGGUUACUUAUGCCCUAUUAGACUUGAAUGAACUAUCACCUGCCUCAAGCCUCACACCCACAGGUGCUCAUCCCGAGUCUCCCCAUGAAAACACACCAGCAUAUUCAUCAAUUGACUUUGACAAAAUGAAUGCGCUUCAUCAAUCGAAAGAUGCCUUAAUUAGUGACCGUGAGGGAUGUAGAAAAACCAGGCAUAACUCCACAAUAAGUGAUUUGCAUACUCCUGUAGAGUGAUGAAAGUGAAUUUAAAGGUAGGUCCUAUAUUUUAUUUAAGUUGGAACAAGAUCAAAUUGGUUUUGCUGAGCAAUGCUCACUUGGAUGCUCAUAAAUACAAGGCUGUUUUUAUUUUUCAUUGCUGAAUAGUGCUCAGUCAAGUUGUUUAGAAGUAAUGUCUGGAAUUCUAGAUCUUCUCAACACACAUCUGCUUACUACUGCAAUCAGAAUGCUUUAUUUUAUCAGAAAAUAGUAGUUAAAUUGCUGGAGGAAAUUGUUAUGUGAGGUAGAAAACAUUGUUUAUAAAUGAAGUCUCUGCAGACAUCUAUGGUUUUUAAUGCCAUGGGGAAUAAAUUUCUGCAUCACACUGCAAAAAUCUGAAAAAUCUUUUGAAAUAUUCUGAAAUAUGUUGGUCACACAUCAUCUCUCCAAUUGUGACACUUAACAUGCUGCUAUAGAUGCUUUGUUUUUCAGCUCUUACUCAAGAUAGAAAAAAAUGGGACCAAAAGAAUUCUAGAUCUUGAGUUGGAUUACUUUUGUUGCCAAGUGACCUUUUAUAAUAGCAUCUCAGAUUAAACGUUUCAAUUCUCUUUAAGUGUAGAGUGGCAGAUGCCAAACAUCAAGUGUGCGUGCUAAAGUUUUCCUAGUUUCAAUCAUCAAUGUUUACGUAAUCUUCAUUAUAUUUUUAUUAAAAUGACAAUUUUUAGGUACACUCUAUAUAUUUAGAGUGAUAAAUACAUAUUGACUUAAAUGUGAUAUUUAUGGCUUUGUGUGUUUGUAGUGAUAACAGAGUGGGAGGUAGGUGGCCUUUUAAGUAUCAAUUGAUGUUUUAGUGCUUUACAGUUUUAAGUAAGAUUAUGCUGACAAUACUUGUAAAUACAUAUAGGUAAUUAGUAUUUAUGUUAAUGGCAAAAUACAUGUUUAUUUGAUGUUCAUCGCACACAGUAUGUGACGCACCAAAGUGCUUUCCAAAUGUUUUCAACUAAAAAAAAUUGUAUCAAGUAAUUUUUUUUUUUGUACAUUUUCUUGUGAUACUAUGUGCAUAUUAUUGUUAAUAUUUAGGACUAUUUUAUGCAUAGCAGGUCUUGCUGAUCAAGAGUUAAAAAAGGAACCCUUCUUGAUUGUGGAGAUCAUUUUAGGAUAUGCCAAGAAGCUACAAUGAUAAAAGUUUUUGUAGACCUGUCCCUGUAUUCAUGUUAGGAUAAUAAUUCGAUCUCGAAGCUUUAUUGAUGUAGGUAUUUGUGCUAUGUAUGUUCCAAUGUAAAAGCCAAAAGCAAGCAUUUUUUUUCCUUUUCCUUUUAUUGUUUAAGUAGAAUCCUUCAAAGAAAAAAGUUUUGUUUAGCAGAAGUUGUGAAGACGUCCUAUAGAUUGAAAAAUUAACCUUUUCUAAGCUGUAGCUCAAUACUUUAGACUUGCUCAUGCAAAAAAAAAAUAAUAAUUUAAAAAUGAGAUUACUACUCUGAACCCGUAAUGUCUUUCACUCAGUCCAUCUUUAUGGAAAGGAACUGACUUUCCAAAACAAAAAAAAUUUAUAUCAAUGUUUAUCAAUGUUUAGGGACAUAAACAGGGGGAAGGCGGGAGGGGGGGGGCGGCUCUGAUUCUAACUUUUCUAGUUGAUAUGCAUUGCUGAGGACUAUGGGCUACUUUUUUAAGUGCAUAAGUUCUUAUGUAUGGAUUGUCUUUGUCUAUGUUUCUCCUCAACAUAGCAGGUUUAAUAAUCAAACAAUCUAAAAAACAGACAAAACACACUCAAAUUAAUUCAUAAUUUGCUUAGUUACUCUAUGUCUUGUUGUUCAAAUAUAAUUAAUUUAUACCAUGUAGGUAUAAUGUUAUGUAUGACUUAUUUAUAUAUUAUGUUUUUCUUGUUGGAUUGUUAAGAAUUAUUUGGGUUCUCAACGGUCAUCUUUACUCUGGAGCUGAAUGUGAAGGUAGUAUGUUGUCUUACUCUUCCAAAGAGAGUUUCUUGAAUUGUGCACUCUUCCUUUGAAAUUGAAUGGCUACAAGUACAAUUUCUUCACUACUGUAUGUUAUUUCUGAGCUUGUGUCGCAAGGGUAUCUUUUGGUCUCUGCUCAAAUUGCUUUAUAAACUGGACACCAAUUUUUGAAUGUAUGAUCUAUCUUUGACUUCAAUGUGCUUGAUAGCUAAGUCAAUAAUAGAAAUUACUGUAAUGAAUUGAUAAUUCAUCAAAGUCAUUUUGCCUCAUGCCAAAGAAAUACUAAGAGAAGAGUUUUAAUGUUCCUUAAGUAGCCUCUUACGGGGAACUGUUUUCUUUUACGUAAGUGUACGUAACUUUACUGUUGAUAAAUUAUUAUUUUUUAAAUGAUUUGCUGCAAUUUUAAUGAGAAAAAAAGUGUUUUUCUAAGUUGUGAGCCAUGUUGUCAAAAACUGUCGGGAGAGAGAGUACGUAAAAGUAUUGAUAUGUUAAGGGUAUAAAUUAUGUGUUUUUUUUUGUAGUUUUAACCACUCAAUGCAUAGUGUACUUGAAACUUUUCAUCUACUAUGGUGCCUGUGGCACUGAUUAUGCUCCAUAAUUGUUAAAUUGUUUACUGCAGUAUGAAUUUUAAGACCAAGCUUCUUAUUUUCCACUUUUUGACAAAAUUUGAUGAGGUCACUGUGAUUGUAGAUGCAAUGAAAUUUUUUAAAAAAAUAAUCAAUAAAUUGGUAUGAACUCAA